ACUCCCGUCCCUGUAUCAUCAUGGCUGCCGUAUGUGCUAGUCUGCACAGUAACGCUCUGCUCGGAGACUGACUCUCCGUUCCUUUAGUGCCUCACAUUUACUGUCUCCAGCCUCGACAUCUCGGCAAAUAGUCCCGCUUGCAUGAGCCCAAUCCUCCCUGGUUGUGUUGUCUCAUAAUAUCGAGCCUUCAUCAAGCAUUUCGUCGGGCCUUAAACACCCCCUUAAAAAGACAACAUUUUAUUUCCCCAAUGGUCUGAAUACACUUUCCGCCUUUAUGAACCAUGUGUGAAAACUGCGCCGAGCUGCUGGAGGUGCUCAAUGAGAUCUCGGAUGCAGACAGCUCAGACGGCCUGCAGCUGAAGAAGGAGCAUGCCUUAAGAGUCUUCACUUACAUCAGCACAUGGACACAGAGGCAGUGUCUGUGCUGUUUCAAAGAAUACAAACACCUCGAGGUGUUCAGCCAGCUGGUUUAUGCCCUCAUUAACUUGGUCAUUGUCCAAGUAACCAACCUUAGGGACCGUCUGCACAGUGGCCAUGGCAACACUAGGACAGAGGGGGCGGAGUCAGAAUGGGGCUCCGCCCAGCCCCAGCCAUCACCUAGUGAGGAUGAGCCACUGAAUGUGGAGCGGGACUCUGCUGAAGAGGACGGUGGAGAAGAGGACGGAGAUCAGCACAAGAACCAGAAUCAGGGGGUCAAACCGGAUCCCCAGCCCAAGCUCAGUGAACCCAUGGAGGGUGAGAGCGGGACCGACAGCAGCCUGGACCCGUUUGCAUCCUGGAGCACAGAAGACCAGGAGAAACUGCUGCUGUGUGCUGCCAAGAUCUUUCAGAUCCAGUUCCCCCUGUACACGGCCUACAAACACAACACACACCCCACUAUAGAGGAUAUCUCCGCACAAGAGAGCAAUAUCCUCGGCUCUUUCUGUGAUAUGAAUGAUGUGGAGGUCCCUCUGCACCUGCUGCGGUAUGUGUGUAUGUUCUGCGGGAAGCACGGCCUCUCUCUGAUGAAGGACUGCUUUGAGUUCGGCGCUCCUGACACUCUUCCCUUCCCCAUCGCACAUGCCUUCAUCACCAUCGUCUCUAACAUCAGAAUAUGGUUGCACAUUCCCGCUGUGAUGCAGCACAUCAUCCCUUUUCGCACUUAUGUUAUCAGGUAUCUGUGUAAGUUGUCGGAUCAGGAGCUGCGUCAGAGCGCGGCGCGAAACAUGGCCGACCUGAUGUGGAGCACAGUGAAGGAGCCGUUGGACAGCGCGCUAUGUUUUGACAGAGAGAGUCUGGAUCUGGCCUUCAAAUACUUCAUGAGUCCGACGCUCACCAUGAGACUGGCCGGCCUGAGCCAGAUCACGAAUCAGCUGCACACCUUCAAUGACGUCUGUAAUAACGAGUCCCUGGUGUCUGACACUGAGACGUCCAUAGCAAAGGAACUCGCCGACUGGCUCAUUAACAACAAUGUUGUGGAGCACAUAUUUGGACCAAAUUUGCACAUUGAGAUCAUUAAACAGUGCCAAGUGAUCCUGAACUUCCUGGCAGCCGAGGGCAGGUUGAGCACUCAACAUGUGGACUGCAUAUGGGUCGCUGCACAGCUGAAACACUGCAGUCGCUACAUCCAUGACCUCUUCCCCUCGCUCAUAAAGAACCUGGACCCUGUUCCUCUGCGGCACGUGCUCAGUCUGGUGUCAGGGUUACACCCCAGCGCACACACCGAACAGACGCUGUAUUUGGCGUCCAUGCUGAUCAAGGCCUUGUGGAAUAACGCUCUGGCAGCCAAAACUCAGCUGUCCAAACAGAGCUCCUUCGCCUCCCUGCUCAACUCAAACAUUCCCAUGGGCAACAAGAAAGGUUCUCCUGCAGGAAGCCCAGAGAGCAGUGACAACAGCGACACGCAUCACAGUGGAGGAAGUGACAUGGAGAUGGACGAGCCGAUCAUGAGCAGUGGAAAACGAGGGCAGCAGAGGCUGUCGGACACAGAGGAGUCCCUGCAGGGCAGCUCUGAUGAGACGGCCAACAGCGGCGAGGAGGGCAGCAGCAGCGGCCGCAGCGAGGCAUCCAGCAAUGAGGCUGGAUCCAGCCGAGCCAGCCAAUCAGCAGGCAGCCCGGGCAGCGAGCUGCACUCCGACGACAUGGCUGACAGCGAGGCCUUGAAGGAGGAGGAAGAGGAGGAGGAAGAAGAGGAGGACGAUGACGAUGAUGAUGAAGACGAUGACGAGGACGAUGAAGACGACAGGCCCGCUGUCGCCUCCGAGGGCAGCCCGCAGAAAGACACUAGAGAGUCGUCCACGUCAGAGAUGCGAAAACGCAAAGCUGGUGAAGCACUCGGAGAGGUCCAAGGCCCUCCGGAGCGACCCGGAAUUCCCCCUGGCGUUCCUGGCUCCAUCGCCUCUGUUCCCGGACUUUCCAAAACCAAAUCCAUUCCCUUCACCCCAGAGGCAGCCGCGGCCAUGGUAGCCUCGUCUUCCCUUAGGAUCCUCGAGCCUUGCACGUCCUCUUCUGCGUGCCUGGAGGGAACAUCGGGAGAGCAGGCUGAUUCCCAAUCCCAGAACCCCCAGCAACCACAGCAGGGUGACACAGAGAUGGGCUCCUCACACGGAGCGUCUGUUUCCCAGGAGCCGCCCUGCAUGCCUCGACCGGCGGACUUCCUGACGGAGGCCAUGGGCAACGAGCUCUUCAACUGCAGGCGUUUCAUCAGCCCUCAGCAUCACCACCAUCAUCACCACCAUCAUCAUCAUCACCACCAUCACGAUGGUCACAUGGUAGAGGACAUGCUGAGCGCCGAUGACGUGAGCUGCAGCAGUUCCCAAGUCAGCGCCAAGUCCGAGAAGAACAUGGCGGAUUUUGAUGGAGAGGAGUCUGGCUGUGAGGAGGAGCUGGUCCAGAUCAACUCGCACGCAGAGCUCAGCUCGCACCUGCAGCAGCACCUACCCAACCUGGCCUCCAUAUAUCACGAGCAUCUGGUGCAAGUUUUAGAGGAAAAACAGUCCUCAUCUCUGCUGAACACCAGCGCUGACGGCACACCUGCUGAAAGCAGCUCCAGUUGUGGCAGCAUUAGAGAGAUCGAAAAUGACGGAGAUGUGCGAAGUAAAACUGCAGAAAGGCAGGGUCUGUUUCAUGCACUACUUGAACAAACUACAACAGGUCCAGCGGUGCACAAACAUCAGUACUCUACGCAUGCGGCGACAGACAUCAACCUGGACAACGUCUGCAAGAACGGCAGCACCCUUCUGUGGGACCUGGUCCAGGACGACAAUGCGAUCCACCUAUCAGAAGGCUUGAUUAAUGAGGCCGAGAAGCUGUUGUGCUCGCUGGUCUGCUGGUUCACUGACCGUCAGAUCCGCAUGCGUUUCAUCGAGGGCUGUCUGGAGAACCUCGCCAACCACCGGUCAGUGGUGGUGUCCUUGCGUUUGCUGCCGAAGCUCUUCGGGACCUUCCAGCAGUUCGGCUCCAGCUACGACACUCAUUGGAUUACCAUGUGGGCGGAAAAGGAGCUGCACAUGAUGAAGCUCUUUUUUGAUGAUCUGUUACACUAUAUCCAGGAAGUGAGAGAGCAGCGCCACAAAUUCGCUCUGUACAGUCACAGUGCAGAGGUGCAGGUGCGUCUGCAGUUCCUCACCUGUGUGUUCUCAACACUCGGAUCACCUGACCACUUCAGGUUGAGUCUGGAGCAGGUGGACAUCCUGUGGCACUGUUUAGUGGAGGACUCGGAGUGUUAUGACGAUGCUCUGCACUGGUUCCUGAACCAGGUCCGCAGUAAAGACCAGCACGCCAUGGGCAUGGAGACAUACAAACACCUCUUCCUGGAGAAGAUGCCGCAGCUGAAGCCGGAGACGAUCAGCAUGACGGGACUCAAUUUGUUUCAGCAUCUGUGUAAUCUUGCUCGUCUGGCCACCAGCGCCUACGACAGCAGCUCCAACUGCGAGUUGUGUGGUAUGGAUCAGCUGUGGGGAAUCGCGCUGAGGGCUCAGUCUGCAGACAUCAGCCGCGCUGCCAUCCAGUACAUCAACUCCUAUUACAUCGGCGGUAAAACGGGUCUGGAGAAGGAGCAGGAGUUCAUCAGUAAGUGUAUGGAGAGCUUGAUGAUGGCGUCUGCUAACCUGGAGAAAGACGCCCACUCCAGCCUGACCAUCAUCGAGAGAGGACUGCUGCUGCUCAAAACACACCUGGAGGCCUUCAGGCGCAGGUUUGCGUAUCACCUGCGGCAGUGGCAGAUCGAGGGCACGGGCAUCAGCAGUCAUCUGAAAGCUCUCAGUGAUAAACAGUCUCUCCCGCUCAGGAUCGUGUGUCAGCCAGCAGGACUUCCUGACAAGAUGACCAUCGAGAUGUACCCCAGCGAUCAGGUGGCUGAUCUGAGGGCAGAGGUCACGCACUGGUAUGAGAAUCUGCAGAAGGAUCAGCUCAGCCAGCAGGCACAGCUGCAGGAGUUCGGUCAGACCAGCCGCCAGCAGGACUUCCCAGGUGGUCUGAUGGGUCCAGUGCGCAUGAUCUCAUCCGGACAUGAGCUGACCACUGACUAUGAUGAGAAGACCCUUCACGAGCUCGGCUUCAAGGACAUGCAGAUGGUGUUCGUGUCUCUGGGCGCUCCGCGGAGGGAGAGGAAGGGCGAGGGAGUCCAGCUGCCGGCGUCGUGUCUGCCGCCCCCUCAGAAGGAGCACAUCCCCAUGCUACUGCUCCUGCAGGAGCCCCACCUCACCACCCUCUUCGACCUGCUGGAGAUGCUGGCCUGCUUCAAACCGCCCAGCACCGACAGACCCCAGCACAGCACUGAGAGUGUCCGCUGUGAGGAGCUGCACCUCCACGCAGAGAAUCUGUCCCGUCGAGUGUGGGAGCUGCUCAUGCUGCUGCCCACGUGUCCCAGCAUGCUCCAGGCCUUCCAGAACAUCUCCGAUGACACGGGAUCUGACGGUUUGUGCUGGAAGGAUCUGUUGAGGAUCAAGAGCCCUCAUAAGCUGCUCUACGCUUUAGAAAUCAUAGAGGCCCUCGGCAAACCCAACCGCAGGAUUCACCGCGAGUCUACGGGCAGUUACAGUGAUCUGUAUCCAGACUCUGACGACUCCAGUGAGGAACAGAUCGAGAACAGCAAGAACACCUGGAGCUGUAAGUUUGUGUCGUCUGGAGGUCUUCAGCUCCUGUUGGACAUUUUUAACUCCGCUAUUUUAGAGCCGAAAGAGCAAGAAUCCUGGACUGUGUGGCUGCUGGACUGUCUCGCGUGUCUGCUCAAGCUCGUUUGUCAGUUCGCGGUGGAUCCGGCCGACCUGGACUUGGCCUAUCACGAUGUUUUCGCCUGGUCUGGUCUCACAGAGUCGCAGAGGAAGAGGGCGUGGCCGGGGAAGUCCCGCAAAGCCGCCGGGGAUCAUGGGAAGGGCCUGCACAUACCUCGUCUCACAGAGGUUUUCCUAAGUCUUGUUCAAGGCACCAACCUCAUCCAGCGGCUCAUCAACGUGGCCUACACAUACGACAAUCUGGCACACAGGGUUUUAAAGGCUCAAUCUGAUCACAGAUCCAGACACGAGGUGACUCAUUACUCCAUGUGGCUGCUGGUGAGCUGGGCUCACUGCUGUUCUCUGGUGAAGUCCAGUCUGGCUGAUAGUGAACAUCUGCACGACUGGCUGAAGAAGCUCACGCUGCUCAUCCCUGAGACGGCGGUGCGUCAGGAGGCGUGCAGUGGUCUGUAUAAGCUGUCUCUGUCAGGUCUGGAGGGAGGAGAAUCCAUCAACAGAUCCUUCCUGCUGCUCGCCGCGUCCACACUGCUCAAGUUCCUGCCAGACGCACAAGCCCUUAAACCCCUGAGACUGGAGGAUUUUGAGGAGGAGGCCAUGUUUCACACCGGCUGUAAGGAGUAUUUCUGGCUGCUCUGUAAACUCAUUGACAACAUCCACGUAAAAGACGCCAGUCAGACCACCCUGCUGGACCUGGACGCCCUGGCACGACACCUCGCCGACUGCAUCCGCAGUCGUGAGAUUUUGGACCAGCAGGACGGGGCGAUCGAGGACGACGGUCUGACAGGUCUCCUGCGUUUGGCCACCAGCGUCCUGAAGCACAAACCUCCCUUUAAGUUUUCUCGGGAGGGUCAGGAGUUCCUCAGGGACACGUAUGAUCUGCUGUUCCUGUUGCCCAGCCUGAAGGACCGACAGCAGCCCAAAUGCAAGAGUCCCGCGGCCCGCGCCGCAGCCUACGACCUGCUGGUGGAGGUGGUGAAGGGUUCGGUGGAGAACUACAGACUGCUGCACAACUGGGUCAUGUCCCAGCACAUGCAGACGUCUCAUGCUCCGUAUAAAUGGGAUUACUGGCCUCACGAUGACGUCAGAGCCGAGUGUCGUUUCGUGGGGUUGACUAACCUGGGAGCCACGUGUUACCUGGCCUCCACCAUCCAGCAGCUCUACAUGAUCCCCGAGGCCAGACAGGCCGUCUUUACCGCUAAAUAUUCGGAGGACAUCAAGCAUAAGACCACACUGCUGGAGUUACAGAAGAUGUUCACAUAUCUAAUGGAGAGUGAGAGGAAGGCAUAUAACCCUCGUCCUUUCUGUAAGACCUACACGAUGGACAAACAGCCUCUGAACACAGGAGAGCAGAAAGACAUGACCGAGUUCUUCACAGACCUCAUCACCAAGAUAGAGGAGAUGUCCCAGGACCUGAAAAACACCGUCAAAACGCUGUUUGGAGGCAUCAUCACCAACAAUGUGGUUUCACUGGACUGUGAUCACGUGAGUCAGACGGCGGAGGAGUUUUACACCGUCAGAUGUCAGGUGGCUGAUAUGAAGAACAUCUAUGAGUCUCUGGACGAGGUGACCAUCAAGGACACUCUGGAGGGUGAUAACAUGUACACCUGCUCUCAGUGUGGGAAGAAAGUGCGCGCUGAAAAACGGGCUUGUUUUAAGAAGCUCCCGCAGAUCUUGAGCUUCAACACCAUGCGCUACACGUUCAACAUGGUGACCAUGAUGAAGGAAAAAGUAAACACGCACUUUUCUUUCCCGCUGCGGCUCGACAUGACGCCGUACACCGAGGACUUCCUCAUGGCCAAAGGAGACAGGAAGGAAGGUUUCUGUGAUGACACUGAUGCUAAAGCGGUGGAGAGCUACGAGUAUGACCUCAUCGGGGUGACGGUGCACACGGGCACGGCGGACGGCGGCCAUUAUUACAGCUUCAUCAGGGACAUCGUCAACCCGCACGCUUACCGCAAUAACAAGUGGUACCUGUUUAACGACGCCGAGGUGAAGCCGUUUGAUUCGGCUCAGCUGGCCUCCGAAUGUUUUGGUGGAGAGAUGACCACAAAAACAUAUGACUCGGUCACAGACAAGUUCAUGGAUUUCUCCUUCGAGAAGACCCACAGUGCUUACAUGCUCUUCUAUAAGAGAGUGGAGGUGGAGGACGAGAACGAGAAGGACUUGACCUUUGACAUCUCUCCUGACCUUCUGGAGUGGAUCUGGCACGACAACAUGCAGUUUCUCCAGGACAAGAACAUCUUCGAACACACAUACUUCGGUUUUAUGUGGCAGCUGUGCAGCAGUAUUCCCAGCACUUUACCCGAUCCUAAAUCCGUGUCGCUCAUGACGGCGAAGCUCAGCACAUCGUUUGUUCUGGAGACGUUCAUCCACUCCAAGGAAAAGCCCACGAUGCUGCAGUGGAUCGAACUCUUGACCAAACAGUUUAACAAUAGCCAAGCUGCCUGCGAGUGGUUUUUGGAUCAGAUGGCAGAUGAUAACUGGUGGCCAAUGCAGAUUCUCAUCAAGUGUCCCAAUCAGAUUGUACGUCAGAUGUUUCAGAGGUUGUGUAUUCACGUGAUCCAGCGCCUCAGACCGGUCCACGCUCACCUGUACCUGCAGCCGGGCAUGGAGGACGGCUCUGAUGAUAUGGACGGGCCGGUGGAGGACAUCGGCAGCCGCUCGUGUGUGACACGGUUCGUCAAAACACUGCUGUCGAUCAUGGAGCACGGAGUGAAGCCGCACAGCAAACAUCUGACCGAAUACUUUGCCUUCCUCUAUGAGUUUGCCAAAAUGGGAGAAGAGGAGAGUCAGUUCCUCUUGUCUUUGCAAGCCAUUUCUAUAAUGGUGCAUUUCUACAUAGGCACUAAAGGACCUGAAAAUCCUCAGGUGGAGGUGUUAUCAGAGGAGGAGGAGGGAGAGGAGGAUGAAGAGGAGGACAUCCUGUCACUGGCGGAGGAGAAGUACCGUCCGGCCGCUCUGGAGAAGAUGAUCGCUCUCAUAGCUCUGCUGGUGGAGCAGUCCAGAUCUGAGAGGCACUUGACUCUGUCUCAGAGUGACAUGGCCGCGCUGACCGGAGGAAAAGGUUUCCCCUUCCUGUUCCAGCACAUCAGAGACAGCAUCAACAUCAGACAGACCUGUAACCUCAUAUUCAGCCUCUGCAGAUACAACAACCGUCUGGCUGAACACAUCGUGUCAAUGCUCUUCACCUCCAUCGCUAAACUGACUCCAGAGGCGGCAAAUCCGUUCUUCAAGCUGCUGACGAUGCUGAUGGAGUUUGCUGCAGGUCCUCCAGGAAUGCCCUCGUUUGCAUCCUACAUCCUGCAGAGGAUCUGGGAGGUGAUCGAGUAUAACCCGUCUCAGUGUUUGGACUGGUUGGCCGUCCAGACGCCGCGUAAUAAGCUGGCUCACAGCUGGGUCCUGCAGAACAUGGAGAACUGGGUGGAGAGGUUUCUGCUGGCGCACAACUACCCACGAGUCCGAACAUCGGCGGCGUAUCUGCUGGUGUCUCUCAUCCCGAGCAACUCGUUUCGUCAGAUGUUCCGCUCCACGCGCUCCCUUCACAUCCCCACACGGGACCUCCCGCUGAGUCCCGACACCACCGUGGUUCUCCACCAGGUCUACAACCUGCUGCUGGGUCUGCUGGGCCGGGCCAAGCUCUACGUGGACGUGCCGGUGCACGGGACCACCAAACUGGUGCAGUACUUCAGCUUCAUGACCUACUGCCUCAUCUCCAAAACAGAGAAGCUCAUGUUCUCCAGCUACUUCAUGGACCUCUGGAACCUCUUCCAGCCCAAGUUAUCAGAGCCAGCCAUCGCCACGAAUCACAACAAGCAGGCGCUUCUGUCCUUCUGGUAUAACGUCUGCAUGGACUGCAGUGAGAACGUGCGCCUCAUCGUCCAAAACCCCGUCGUCACUAAAAACAUCGCCUUCAACUACAUCCUGGCCGAUCACGACGAUCAGGAGGUGGUGCUGUUCAACCGCGGGAUGCUGCCGGCGUACUACGCCAUCCUGCGCAUGUGCUGCGAGCAGUCGCCCGCCUUCACCCGCCAGCUGGCGUCCCACCAGAACAUACAGUGGGCCUUCAAAAACCUCACGCCCCACGCCAGCCAGUACCCAGGGGCGGUGGAGGAGUUGUUCAACCUGAUGCAGUUGUUUGUGGCUCAGAGGUCUGAUAUGAGAGAGGAAGAGCUGGAGGACGUGAAGCAGUUCAAGAAGACCACCAUCAGCUGUUACCUGCGCUGUCUGGACGGACGCUCCUGCUGGACCACUCUCAUCAGUGCCUUCCGAAUUCUGCUGGAGAACGACGAGGACAGACUGCUGGUGGUGUUCAACAGAGGACUCAUCCUCAUGACUGAGUCCUUCAACACCCUGCACAUGAUGUACCACGAGGCUACUGCGUGUCAUGUGACCGGAGAUCUAGUGGAGCUGCUGUCCAUCUUCCUGUCUGUUUUAAAGGCAACGCGACCCUACUUACAGCGCAAAGAUGUGAAGCAGGCGUUGAUCCAGUGGCAGGAGAGGAUUGAUUUCGCUCAUAAGCUGCUGACGCUGCUGAACUCUUACAGUCCACCGGAGCUGCGUAACGCCUGUCUGGAUGUUCUGAAGGAGCUGGUGCUCUUGAGUCCUCAUGACUUCCUGCACACGCUCGUGCCCUUCCUGCAGCACAACCACUGCACCUACCACCACAGCAACAUCCCCAUGUCGUUUGGCCCGUACCUGCCCUGUAGAGAGAAUAUCAAGCUGAUGGGCGGAAAGAACAACAUUCGUCCUCCCAGACCGGAGCUCAACAUGUGCCUGCUGCCCUCGAUGGUGGAGACCAGUAAGGGUAAGGAUGAGGUGUAUGACAGGAUGUUGUUGGACUACUUCCUGUCCUAUCAUCAGUUCAUCCACCUGCUAUGUCGAGUCGCCAUCAACUGUGAGAAGUUCACAGAGACUCUGGUGAAACUCAGUGUGUUGAUAGCAUAUGAAGGACUUCCUCUACACCUUGCUCUCUUCCCAAAACUAUGGACAGAACUCUCUCAGUCUCAGUGUGCGAUGGCUCAGUCGUGUGUGAAGCUGUUGUGUGAGGAUCCAGCGUUUGGAGAAUACAUGAAAUGCAUCCUGAUGGACGAGAGAAACUUCCUCAACAACAACAUCGCCUACUCCUUCCUCACCUGCUUCUUACAUAAAGUGCAGGUGCAGGUGUUAUCAGGCCAGAGCUGCUUGAAUCUCGUCAACGUGUUGGUGACCAACCUACUGAACGAGUACCACAGCCUGCAGCCUGAGCUGACCAAUCAGAGAGCAGAGAUGAGCAAGACCAGCAGCCUCCUGAACGCAGAUCUGCGUGCGCUGCUGCUGGUGCUGUCGGUUUACGCCCCUCAGCAGCUGGAUCCUGCUUUAGGUCCGGCUCUACAGGAACUGCUGUCCAAAUGCAGACAGUGUCUGCAGCACCGCACCACAUUAGAGAUGGAGGCCAAGGAACGCAAAGCCAAAGUGGACGAGGAAGGAGUCACUCCAGUGAAGCGCCGGCGGGUGAGCAGCAGUGCUGAAGAUCGACCGGCAGAUAGCGUCUGUCCUCCGUCUGCUUCCUCCUCAUUGGCUCCCUGCUCGGAGCAGAAGGCGGAGCCAGGAGAGGCGUUAACGCCCACCAGCACUUCAGACACUGAAACCCGAGACUCCUCCCUCAUCGACCCAGGAGUGGAAAACGACCCUCCCUCUCCUGACAGCGCCUCCCUCGAGGAGAAGAAAAUGGAUGUUUCGUCUUCAUCAUCUUCAUCUUCUUCUUCAUCAUCCUCCUCCCUUCCUGAAGCGUUUGGCCGAUCGGAUGAACCUCCACCGCAGAUAGUUGGAAGAGAGGAGGAGGAAGAGGAAGAUGGGCGGAAGGAAGCGCAGGAGGCGGAGCAAGAGCGAGAGGAAGUGCCCUCCACUUCCUCCUCCUCCUCCUCUUCUGCUGACUCGGUGCUUUUACUCUCCAGCCUUCCUGAUACUGCCGAGGGGCGGAGCUGCUCGCUUCAGGAGGCGGAGUCAGGCGGGUGUGGCCACGCCCCUGCACAGGAUGUCCUGGAGAUGCUUUCGCGCACAGUCGAGGCCACGAUCGCUGUUGUUGCCAAACUUUCGAACGGGAAAGGAGGGGCACGCCCCUCAGCUUUGUGACGUUACUAUCGUGUCCCUCCUUUUUCGUAUUUCACAUUUUCACGUUCGCCAUGCUGUUCAGUUGUGUCUUUUUAAGAGUAAUUGAAGUGCAACUUUUUUUUUUUUUUGCCCUUUGGCCUCGCUCUUUAUCUGUUUUGGGUUGCAACACAAAAAGUUCUGUUUUCCGGUUCCAGAAAACUGAGCUCUGCAUUAAUUGUACAGAACGAAAAAACCAACUGGAGCGUAUUUGUCAAAGGGUAGUUUUUUUUUGUUUUUUUUUUUAAACUGUGACUUUGUUGGUUUCUUUGUUUUGAAGUGGUUUGUUUUCGAGGCUGCAGUGAAACAGGGAAAAGGUUUACAAUGUUUUAGUCCCAUCAGUGCAUAAUUUAAUUAGUUUUUAUUCACGUGUAUUAUUAUUGUUAUUACGAUUGUCUUCUGUGCCAGUUUUGUACUUACAGAUGUGAGGCUGAGAAGGCCUUGCUGGUUUUGUUUUUGUUUUUUCCUCUGUGGUGGAUAUCAAAAACUAUGUUUACUUUGUAUAUUGAAAAGAAAGAAUGAACCACAAGAACCUUGAUUCUGUAAAGAAUCUUCUAGAUGUUGCCUGGCUUUGUAAAUUAGAUGGUUAAAAUAUAUAUAUAUAUAUAAAUAUAAUAUAUAUAUAUAUAUUUCUGUAAGAUGUAUGUAUACAGUAUAUAUCCAUUCAAGCGCUAUAUACUGUAUAUAUAAAUCUACUGUGUAUAUACCUACGUUGUGUAUAUAGAAACUCACGGUGCUCUUUUCAGGCUCAGAACAUUUGUGCCCGGAAUAUUGCACAUUUGAUGGAACAGUUGGAACUCUAUUUUAUUUACCGAAAUACAUUCCAUAAUCUAUCGGAUGUCAUUUUUGCGUUCUCUGUAUUUGAUUUCUCUCUCAGCCUUUGUUUUGAUUUAUUUUAAUAUAGGAUAUAACUUAAUAAAAUUUUAAUGAUUUAAUUAUGAAUCAAGUCCAAAAAGCAGGUUGUGAGGUGAUUUUUUUUUUUCUUCUUUCUGCUGAGUGUAACUAGUGGCUGAUGGCUGUGUUUGGAAUCGAACACUAGUGUACAGCAUACUAUAGUGUUCACUGCAUACUUUCUACUUUUUUUUUCUGUAAAUGCAACAAUAAACAUUUCAAAUGCUA